AUGUCGUCAACCGCUGAUACCCCUGAGACGUCCUCUCCGCCGUUGGCUAGGGAGAAGUCCGCAGCAUCUUACACUUACGACAACCUCACCGGCUGGAAAGGCGUGCGUAUACUUCGCAUUGGAAGGGGCAUGUACCACGAUGUUCGAAGACGACUUCCGUACUACUGGAGCGAUAUCCGCGAGGCGUGGACGUAUAGAACUGUCGCCAGCAUUAUCCGAAUGUACUUUGUGAAUAUCCUUCCUGCCAUAGCCUAUACGCUGGAUAUGCAUCGCAGAACCGGGCAGUUCUACGGCAUAAAUGAAGCACUUUUCUCAUCUGCCUUGGCCGCAAUGGUGUUCAGUCUUCUUUCGGUGCAACCUCUUACUAUUGUCGGUAUUACGGGGCUGAUCUCUCUGUUCAAUUACACUAUAUACGACAUCAUAAACAUCUAUGAACCAUCCAUUUACCCCCAGUUUAUGUGCUGGGUGGGAAUCUGGGGCGCUAUCUUCCACUGGGUUGUCUCACUGUGCAACCUCUGUGACUACAUGCGCUAUGUGACAGAUUUCUCGAGUGAAUCGUUUGGCUUUUAUGUCGGGACUAUCUAUAUCAGCAAGGGCGUGGAAGAAUUGAUCAGCGAAUUCAAGAACAGAGGACACACCGCCGGCUUCAUGAGUUGCACUAUCGCCAUUCUCUACUUCCUGACCAUCUACGGCCUGGAGACCAUUGGUUCCAGCACCGCUUGGAGACCCGCUUUCCGUGGGUUGCUAGCAGAUUACGCAUAUCCGCUCGCGACCAUAUUCUGGGUAGGAUUCUCGCAUUUCCCGGGCCCUCUUCAGACAGCGGAAAUCUCUCGGGUCCCAGUCAGCAGAGCGUUUUACCCAACACAGCCGCGAGGCUGGCUUGUCCAAUUCUGGGAACUGGAUACGAAAUGGGUCUUCGUGGCCCUCCCGUUUGGGUUCCUAGUCAUGCUGCUCUUUUACUAUGACCACAACGUCAGCAGUCUGACCGCACAAGCGCGGCAAUUCCCAUUGAAAAAGCCUGCUGGCUUCCAUUGGGACUUUUUCCUUCUCGGAUGCACCACUUUCAUCUCCGGUAUCGUCGGAAUCCCUUUUCCCAAUGGAUUAGUUCCGCAGGCACCCGUACACACAGAUUCUCUAACAGUCUACGAGACCGACCUCCGCAUCAUACCAACCGAGGAAGGAGAGGGAGCUGAGAUCCGCCGUCCAAUCGUAAAAGCGACUGCAGUAGUGGAACAACGAGUAUCACAUUUUGUUAUGGGACUCGCCAUCAUCGGCACGAUGACCGGGCCCCUCCUCAUUGUCCUUCACACCAUGCCAUCGGCAGUGUUCGCUGGCGUCUUCUUCAUCGUGGGAUGGGGCUCCAUUGGGAGCAACGGGAUUAUGCAAAAGGUGAUCUACUUGAUUCUGGAAGAUCGUUUCGUGCAGCGUGAUGAGCCUCUUCUCAGGGUGUCCAACCGCAAGAUUUUGCUAUGGAUCGCCUGCCAGCUCAUCACAAUCGCGACAUGCGUUGCUAUCUCUGAGACAAUUGCUGCUAUCGGAUUCCCUGUACUGAUAAUUGCCCUCAUUCCAUUCCGUGUUUCGAUCAUCCCCAAAUGGUUCACGCGGGAUGAGAUUGGUGUCAUGGAUGAUAUGACAGCCAACAACAAAACCGUGCUUGCCAGUCUGGGUGGGCCACCUCGCUUUCCUGGCGAGACUCGCUCUCAGGACGAAUAUGGGCUUCGCCGCCGGUAUUCUGAGCGGAAGGAGGGAGUUUCUCGACAAAGGGCUGGUAGUAUCCAUCGUUGA